GACUCCAUUACCCAGAAGCCCCGUCGCUCUGCUACAAGCUGGCUCCCUCCGCUCUGGGAGUGUUUCGCAUUUAAACAAACACGGUCCUGCCGAAGAUGGCGGAGAGUUUGUAGAGGCGUAAAAGAAACUGCUCCACUCAAUGAAAGCAUCGAAGCCGGAGAUGUUGAGACAUUGAAGCGACGCUAGACCCUGGAUGGAGCUUGACUGGGGCUUGUUCUGGUCAAGGUGCUGAUAUGCGCUGAAGAUGAGUGGUGUAGGAGACAACUUGUUGGAGCCGCUGUGCUCCGACCGCAAACGUAAACUGUCCACCUGCGACACGCCAGGCUUAGGGUGUGACAAGCGUCGGAGGGAACAGGAGAGCAAGUACAUCGAAGAGCUGGCUGAGCUCAUCUCUGCCAACCUCUCCAACAUCGACAGCUUCAACGUCAAGCCUGACAAAUGUGCCAUUCUCAAGGAAACCGUGAGACAGAUCAGACAAAUCAAAGAGCAAGGAAAGAGCUCUUGCAGUGAUGAUGAUGUCCAGAAGGCGGAUGUGUCCUCCACUGGUCAAGGGGUCAUUGACAAGGACCAUCUGGGACCGCUGCUCCUACAGGCCUUGGAUGGUUUUCUGUUUGUGGUUAACCGAGAGGGCAGCAUUGUAUUUGUGUCCGACAAUGUGACACAGUACCUGCAGUACAAGCAGGAGGAGCUGAUCAACACGAGUGUGUACAACAUCAUCCACGAUGAGGACAGGGAGGAGUUUCACAAGAAUCUACCCAAGGCCCAUGCACCAAACGGGGCAUCGUGGGGUGGAGAAGCACCCAGACAGAAGAGCCACACCUUCAACUGUCGUAUGUUGGUGAACUUUGUUCAUGGUCAGAGUCAUGGGUUGCCAGAAGAGAGGCCCGGGGGCCAACGCUAUGAGACCAUGCAAUGUUUUGCACUCACUCAGCCCCGGGCCAUGAUGGAGGAGGGUGAAGAUUUGCAGUCAUGUAUGAUCUGUGUGGCACGACGCAUCAUUGCAGUAGAGAGGACAGAGAGAUUUAGCACUCGCCAUGAACUGUCUGGUAAACUGAUUGAAAUUGAACAGCAGAGCUCUCUUCACACCACUAUGCGUCCAGGCUGGGAGGACCUGGUUAGGCGCUGCAUGCAGAUGUUCCUUAAUCGAAGUGAGGGACAACCGUGGUCCUACAAACGCCACUAUCAAGAUGCUUUCCAUAAUGGCCAUGCAGAAACCCCACUCUACCGCUUCUCACUCUCUGAUGGCACCCCAGUCACAGCCCAGACCAGGAGCGACCUCUGCAGGAAUCCCAACACCAAUGAGCCGCACUCUUUCCUCUCCACGCACUUGCUACAAAGGGAGCAGAAUGGUUAUCGUGGAAACCAGGGUGGAGGCAUGAGGCCUCAAAACAUGGUUGUGAACAAUCCCAACCAACAGAUGAACAUGGGUCCAGGAGGGGGCAUGGGCAUGAACAGGGGCUACGGCAUGGCUGAACAGGGCAACAUGCCACAAAGAGGAGUGCCUCCGUACACUGGGGGCAACCGCAUGAAUCCCAUGAACCAGAUGAAUCAAAUGAAUCCCAUGAAUCAGAUGAGUCCCAUGCAUCAGAUGAAUCAAAUGAAUUCCAUGCAUCAGAUGAACAACAUGGGUCCCAUGAAUCAGAUGAAUUCCAUGCAUCCAAUGAACUCUCCCAUGAACUCGAUGAACCAAAUAGGGCCCAUGAAUCAGAUGGGCCACCAUGGCAUGCAUCAGCAGCAACAUCAACAUCAACAUCAGCAGAUGGGUCAGUUCCAUGGAGGUGGAGGCGGACCUGGAGGUGGAGGGUACGGGAUGGGAAUGACCAGUCCCCCCCAGGCUAGUCCGGGGAUUAACGGCCCCCCACAUAACGUCAUGGGUUCACCUAGAGUCCGAGGAAGCCCCAAGAUGGGUGCCAGCCCCUUCUCCCCCGGAGGUAUGAACUCUCCCAUGAGCUCUAGUCACCCUGGCGGAGGAGGCACCACCUUCUCCAGCAGCUCCUUGAAUGCCCUCCAAGCCAUUAGUGAGGGAGUGGGUAAUCCGAUGCCCUCCCCCCUCACCUCUCCCCCCCACAAGCCUGACAGCUCCCCAAGCAUCAACUCAACCAACCAGCCAGCAGGGGGACCCUGUAAACCUGGUCUCCCAGCCUAUUCGGACUCCAAGAGCCCUGGGAGCUCACUGGGGGCUGGAGGAGAGCAGCACCCCCACACACCCACCGGCGAGGGCCCUCCCGACAAGCCAGACAGCCAAGCCAGUAGAGAGGUGGGUCCGGCCGGGGGAGAAUCGAACCGACGGGUUCCUGACAGCCAUAAGAAGCUUCUGCAGCUCCUAACCUCCCCUGCAGAUGAGCUGGUGCCACCUAAUCACACACCAAAUUCUGGGCCCAGCUCCACGCCUGGGGCUAAAGACGGAACAGCCGGCGUCACCAGCCCCUCAUCCUCAACAGGAGUGUCCUCCUCUACGGGCGGGAAUCAUGGCGCUGUGUCCUCCUCUGGUGCCACAGGACAUUUAACAAGUCAGUCACUGCAGGAGAAGCACAAGAUCCUCCACAAGCUGUUGCAGAAUGGGAACACUCCAGACGAGGUGGCUCGCAUCACAGCCGAGGCCACUGGGAAAAGCAGCCUGGAUUCAGGGGCACCAGAGCCUGGGCCUGCAGCCACUGGAGCAGCUAGGGGAUCAGAAUCAAAGCAGGAGCAGCACAGUCCAAAGAAGGAGAAGCCCCACGCCCUCCUUCACUACCUCCUCAAUAAGGACGACUCUAAAGAAGGUGGUGAUAUCAAGCCGAAGGUGGAGGACCUGGAAGGAAGAGGAGCUCAGGGUGCAGGGGUCACCAGCUCUGAACCUCACUGCAUGGAUGGAAAGGUCAAGUUGGAACCAUCUGAUGAGACGGAGACCUUGGAGACCAUUCUGGGUGUGAACAACGCUGGCUUCUACUCUGAAGCAGACUCCAGAGCAGGGAAGGAAGUGGGAAACAAACAGGGAAAUUUGCCUGACAGUUUACAUGAUGGGGAGAGAGGCCCCCUGCCUCCUGCUCAACGUGCCUAUCAAAGAGCCUUGUCCAUGGAUGCCAAGCCCCUGGUUGGAGGUGGAGCAGUAGGAGGCGGGCUAGCUGGGAGAAGGAAUCUGCCGUGUCCCACUUUGGUUAAACAGGAGACCAUGGAUUCUCCGAUCCGAUCCGGGCCCAUUCCCAAUGGCUUUCCAGGAGGCAUGGGUGUGUGUCCACCUCGGGCGAAUCCAACAAGAGGUAUUGGCAGAGGAAUGGGAAUGCCCCAGCGCCCUCCCAUGUCAGGGCCAGGGGACUGGGGGAUGCAGAGGUCCAGUGGCAGCCCUGUGGCAGGCCCAGGACACCCUGGCAUGGGUCGCUCUGGUCCAAUGGCAGGACCCAUGAUCAACCGCUCCAACAGUGUACCUGGAAACACAAGGUCUAUGUUGCAGCAGCAACUCAUGGAUAUGGGUACCAGUGAAGCAAAUAUGGGUAUGAGCCGGUUUGGUGGACAUGGGCCCCCACCUCAGUCUCCCUCCUGGCCAGACUCUGCUAUGGGAAUGGACAGACCACAGAGGAACACAAACAGGGACCAGUUUGGGCAUCCACUGGAAGAGCUUCUGGGCCCCCUGGCCAGCGGCGAGGGCCCACCUGAUGAACGGGCACUUCUUGACCAGCUGGACUCUCUGCUCAAUACAGCUGAUGUCAUUGCACUGCAGGAGAUAGACCGAGCCCUAGGCAUCCCUGAAAUAGUAGGCCAGACUCAGGGACCUGAGGGCCACCAGCAGGGCCAGGAUCAAGGCCAGGGACAGUGCCCUCCAUCAGAUCCUUUCCCAGGCCCGGACUCCUCCUUAGGCAUGGACCAAAAACCCAUGUAUAACCAAGGCUACCCUGGGCCCCCAGGGCCCCCCUCCGUGGGCAUGCAGCCCGGUUAUGGUGGCAACACAAUGCAAGGCCAGUCUCCGGGAGGCUUCAACCCCAUGAUGAAUCAAAUGGGCCAGGCAGGGGGCUUCCCUGGCAUGGCGGGCAUGGGCAACCCCCGUGCAAACAUGAUGCGACCUCGCAUGAUUACUGCCACCAAGCCUCUCCGACUACAGCUGCAGCAGAGACUGCAAGGACAGCAGUUUAUGAACCAGACCCGACAAGGCAUGAAGAUGGAACAUGCCCCCGGAGGAAACCCUGCCAUGCAUCCUGGCAUGCAUCCUGGCAUGCAGCCUGGCAUGCAGCCUGGCAUGCAGCCUGGCAUGCAGCCUGGCAUGCAGCCUGGCAUGCAGCCUGGUAUACAGCCUGGUAUACAGCCUGGUAUACAGCCUGGUAUACAGCCUGGUAUACAGCCUGCAGGCAUGAGUGGUCAGCCGGGUUUCUUGAAUGCCCAGAUGAUGGCUCAGCGCAGCAGAGAGAUGAUGACCAUCUCCCAGAUGAGGAGGCAGAGGAUGAUGAUGCUGAUGCAGCAGCAGCAGCAGCAACAGCAGCAGCAGCAGCAGCAACAGGGGCAGGGGGCAGCAGCAGGCUUCAGCCCUCCUCCAAAUGUCACCGCACCAGGGGGCAUGGACAGCCCCAUGGGAGCUCCCCCAAUAAACCAGGCUGGACAGCAGGGCUUCAACUAUGGAGGUAAUUAUGGGAUGAACCAGCAGGGGGAUCCAUCAUUCAUGGCUCCAGGUAGCAGCCCACCAACAAACAUGAUGCCAGGACGAAUGGGAGGUCCUCCUCAGAACACCAUGAUGCCAGGGAUGCAGGGCAAUCCGCAAGCAGGGCCCAUGUACCCGUCUGGAGAGAUGAAAGGCUGGCCACAGGGCAGCAUGCCACGCAACAAUUCAUACCCCCAGCAACAGUUCCCUCAGCAGGCUAACCAGGGCCAGUUUGGACCCAUGAUGAUGAACACCUCCAUGGGUGGACCUGGGCCAGUCAGCGGGGCCAGUGCGGGACAGAUGGGACAAAUGCCAGGACAGAGACACGGCCAGAUGCAGGGCCAAAUGGGCAUGAACCCCAUGGGAAUGGGCAGAAUGCCAAUGGGACCUGAUCAGAAGUAUUGCUGAAGACCUGUGGCUGAUAGUAGAAUCUGGAGCCUUUCAGCUGUGGCCGAGCGGUCUGAGCCCGAGAAGAGAUGGACCUACACACACACACACACACACACACACACACACACACACACACACACACACACACACGUAGGAUUCUCAGCACAACACACUGCUCAUCCUAGAGGAAGUGGGCUCCAACUGAAGCCUCACAUACUGUAACUCUGUAUGGUGACACACAAACACGAAAUAUCAGUGUGUGUAUGUGUGUGUAUGUGUGUGUGUGUGUGUGUGUGUGUGUGUGUGUGUGUGUGUGUGUGUGUGUGCUGUGUGUGCACACAUGUUUGUGUGCGCACAUGUUUGUGUGUGUUCAUGGAGCUGUCGGGCAGUAUUCAGCGUCACGGCCAGACUACAGAACAGGACUAUGGUACAACUGGCUGUGGCCGCACUUUACUGGAGGCUUCUGUGUGGAAUAAAGAUUGAUGCAAUAUUUCUUCAUCAUUACAGCCUUACUAGAGAUUCAAUGCCUUCACAACGAUGGGUUUCUGUUUUCUUUCUUAUCCUUUGGAUGCGCCUCAUUCUUGAAGUCAUUGGAAGCUAUAAGCACACAAUUUAUUUACUAUGUUAUGCAGAUUGGAGCAAUAACUCUUGCCUCUAUGCUUUAGACUGUAACUGAGCAUCAUAACCCCUGUUAUAAGCAAACAAAUGGUACUGCAGUAUUAGAUGUCUCAAAUGUCCUCUGUGAAUAUGAAUUGUAAAUAUUCUACAAAAUAUAUCAAACAUGCUUUUUAAAGGCCCAUUAUUGCACAAAGUAUGAGACCUGGUUGUAUUUUUGUGUCCCAUAGGUCAAUACUGAUUUGGAUGAUUUGCUUUUUUUAUGCCUUUGCAAAUAUCACAGGAGUGUUUGGGUUUCCUUCCUUUUGUUUGUCAUUUUCUGAAUGCUGUAUUUUUUAAUUUUCCAAAAGUCAUGUAUUUCAUGUUUUAGCGAGGCACUUUUACUUGUGACGAGUAGCUGACAAGUUGAUGGUUCAAGCUUUCACGCUGUCAGAGGUAUUCUUGGAAUGUGGCAGAUGUCUUCUGUUGAUUACAUAAAAUGAUAUGAUUUUGUCGGGUUCAGUGUGAGGUGAGCUGUAUGGGUUUUGUCUGCACUACAGUGAAGACGGGAACACACACUCCUCAGUUUACCAACAAGCCUGGUCCCUGAAGUGUUCUCCCCCCUCCUACCAGCUCUAUCUCUCAAGUGUAUUUUUAUUCACACCAUCUUCUUUUGACUGUUAUUCUCAGCUCGCUGAAUCUACCUUUUCAACAUGCGCAAUCCAAAGAUAUUUUUCCACAUCUCUGUAUAGUUUCUGAGGUUUCUGGUGUACAUUUUUUUUAUGACGUGUUAUAUUAGUCUGAUGGUAAAUGGGUACAUAUCAUGGAUCUGUAAAAGCAUAUGAUGGUUAUAAACUGUACGCAUAAAGGGCAUGGGGCUCAGUUGUUCCGCAGUGGGAAGCAUUCAGUGCAGUGCGAAGAGGUCUGGAAACUCUCAACCCCACAGCAGAAAGUUUUUACAUCCAGAAAAUAGACAAAGCAUGUUUUGCUGUGAGAGAGAAAUACCAAUGGAAUUGAAUCCACUUUAAGACAUAUCAAUAUCUCUUCUAUUUUUCAGGAAACAGCUUCAUUUUCUGUCCAGAUUUUGUUACUUCAGGAACAAGGAACUUUGUAGAGUUUGAAUGAAGUGCAAAAAGAGGCAAGAGAUCAUUUGGUUUGUUUUUGAUGUUUUUUUGUUUGGAGGUAAGAUGAGCUGUCAUUUUACAGGAUGUAUAUUACAGAUUUUUUCUGUUGAUGUUGAUAUUAAUGUAAAUACAAAUUUCUAUUUAAACA